AUGGGUUCCAACAAUGAGUGGAGUGACUACAAGCUCUCCCAAGACCAGAUCGACCACUUCAUGCGGCAUGGCUACGUGCGCCUAACCAACUGCUUCUCUCGGGCCAAGGCAGCCGAGUGGACGGCAGGCGUGUGGACGCGACUCGGCUACUCCCCUACAGACAAAUCAACCUGGACCACUGAACGCAUCAAUAUGCCCCAACACAAGUCGGAGCCCGUUCAGACUUUCGCCCCCAAAGCAUGGGCCGCCAUCUGUGAACUGCUCGGCGGCGAGGAUCGCGUGGCGGCUCAGUCGGCCAACUGGAGCGAUGGCUUAAUUGUGAAUCUUGGCACGCAGGAGUCGGAGGGCAAAUGGCCCCAUCCUGCUGAACUACCAGGAUGGCAUGUUGAUGGCGAUUUCUUUAUGCAUUUCCUUGAUUCGCCCGAGCAGGGGUUGUUGGUCAUCCCCUUGUUUACCGAUAUCGUGGAGCAUGCCGGUGGUACUAUGAUCUGUUCGGAUGCCAUCAAGAAGAUAGCCCAGCAUCUGUAUGAUCACCCGGAAGGCGUGACCCCAUACAUGGUUCCACGCGGCAAGCCUGAUGAAGGUCGGAAACUUGAAUUCUAUCACGGCAUUGUCAAGCAAUGCAAUGAAUUCCAUGAGAUGACUGGCAACGUGGGUGAUGUGAUCCUAAUGCAUCCGUUGAUGGUUCAUUCUGCUUCAGUCAACAGUCUGAGGAUCCCACGCAUCAUCACCAACCCGCCAGUCUCGCUGAAUGCACCUUUCAACCUUGACCGUCAAGAUCCGAGCAAGUACAGUAUUGUCGAAAGGAAGACCCUGCAAGAGCUUGGAAGAGAUCGUCUUGAGGGCUGGGCUAUUAAAGGUGCUCGGGAAUCUGUGAUUCCCGCCAGACUUAAGGCCCAGGCACUGAUGAAGGAGCAGGAACUAGAACGUCUCAAGACAACCCCUAUAUCUACUGGUUCGUCAGCCCCCACUCCCCCCUAA